ACAAUUCAUAAGAUUGUUCACAGCGCACCGAAAUUACGUAACCUUGUAUUAGCCAAAUGUGGAAAUAUUACAGACGAAGGGGUUUACCACAUUACAAGGUUGGGUCGGCACUUGCACUAUCUUCACCUGGGCCAUUGUUCGCGAAUCACCGAUCACUCAAUAACCCAUCUAGCUCGUCAUUGUAAUCGCUUGAGGUAUCUCGACUUGGCAUGCUGUACCCAGCUCACAGAUUCGUCAGUUUUCGAGCUUUCUCAUCUACCGAAAUUGCGUCGUAUUGGUUUGGUAAAAUGCGCUCUCAUCACAGAUCAAGCCAUUUACGCGCUGAUCGAAAACCGCGUAGUAGCUCAUACACUUGAACGUGUUCACCUGUCAUACUGUGUCAACCUCACCAUCGCGGCAGUACUAGAUCUUGUCAAUUUUUGCUAUCGUUUGACACAUCUAUCUCUCACCGGGGUUCCAGCAUUUCUCAGGCCGGAUGUACAGCGUCAUUGCAGGCAGCCACCAAAGGAAUUCACUCCACAUCAAAGACAAGUUUUUUGCGUUUUCAGCGGUAAAGGUGUCAAAGAAUUGCGGAACUAUCUCAACAACUUGAUUAUUGGUCAGAGUCGUCGCGAUCAAAUUGUGCAAUCGUCAAUAACGGCUGGCGCUGACAUUGAUGAGUUAGUGGUAUCUGAAGCUGAAGGUGCUGGUGGUGAUAUUUCUGAGGGUGGUGAAGGUGAGAACGAUAAUGUUCGUGAUGGGAACAAUAUCGGACAACGAGUUCACAACAUAAGUCCAGAUGGCGAUGAUGGCGAUGUAGGAAACCCACAUGAUUUAUUGUUCGGAAUUUAA